CUUUCUCACGACUUAAACUUAUAAUGACAAUGGCAGGAAUAGCAAGUCCAGCAUUUAAUGAGGUUGAGAGGAGAAUUAGCAGUAAUAGUUUGAGACUCUCUGUUGAUCUUAGUGUAGAGCAAAAUGACGCCGACAUGAGUGAAGAAAAAAAGUAUUAUCGCGAUAGUCAUUACCUCGAGAAAGGAGAAAAUCUAUCGAAAACGACAUCAUUAAAUGGGUCAUGGUUUUCGAGGAAUCGAGGACUAGGAAAAUACAUUGCAAUUUUAAUUUUACAUAUUUUGGUGUUAAUUUAUUUUAUUUUUGCCAGUUUACAUUGGUCUAAGCACAACAAUAAUUGCGUUUUUGAAUGGUGUGAUGGCUAUGGAAUGCUUCUAUUAUUAGUAGGACUCACCUAUUUAGGCCUUUGCUACUACUAUAUCGUUAAGAGAUACUUUUCAUCAUCCAUAAAACGACUUACUCGUCCUAUUAGCUUAUCUUUGGACUCAAUUAGUAAAAAAAGAUACGCAUGUUGUGUUUUCAAAACAAUAUUUUAUACAGCUGUUGCAAUUGGAUUUAUAGUAUUUUUAAUUUUUGAUACUAUCGAAUCAAGAGAACGACUAAUCAGCGGAAUUGGAGUUGUAGUUUUGAUGACAUUUGGAUUUGUUUUUUCAAAAUAUCCUCGUCAGGUGAACUGGAGACCAGUAAUAUGGGGUUUGAUACUCCAAUUUGGCUUUGGAUUAAUUACAAUCCGUUGGCCUGCUGGACGAGCUAUUUUUCAAUGUAUGGCUGAAAAAGUUGCUACUUUUCUUGCUUUUGCUAAAGAUGGGUCAUCUUUUGUUUUCUCCGAACAACUCAGUGGCAUAUUUGCAUUUUCAGUUUUGCCAGUGAUAUUUUUCUUUAGUUUUAUGAUACAGAUUCUCUACUAUUUAGGUGCAAUGCAAUGGAUUAUUUUAAAACUGGGAUGGCUAUUACAUGUAGUAAUGGGCACCACAGUUUGUGAGUCUCUUAAUUCAGCUGCUAAUACAUUUCUUGGAAUGACAGAAUCUCCUUUGUUGAUAAGACCUUAUAUAAGUAAAUUAACGACGUCUGAAAUUCAUUCAGUAAUGUGCUCUGGAUUUGCUACAGUGUCAGGGACAGUGUUAGCUGCCUACAUAAGUUUUGGUGCAGAUCCUGCUCAUUUACUAACAGCUUCUGUAAUGUCAGCACCAGCAGCUCUUUGUUACUCGAAAUUGUUCUAUCCAGAAACUGAGAAGAGUCAAACAACCUUUAAAAAUAUUCCCCUUCAAAAAUCAGAUGAUACUAGUGUCAUGGAUGCAGCUACAAAAGGAGCUUUAGCAGGAAUUCCUCUAGUUCUAGGAAUUGUCGCUAAUAUUGUAGCUUUUGUAUCUUGUGUAUCAUUUCUCAAUGCAGUUUUGUCAUGGCUUGGUGGAUUGGUUGGUUUUCCUGAAUUGACAUUCGAGUACAUUCUUUCAAAAGCCUUUAUGCCUCUCAGCUGGAUUAUCGGCAUUCCUUGGGACCAGUGUGAAGAUGUUGGAACGUUAAUUGGUUUGAAAACUGUUGUGAAUGAAUUUGUGGCUUACCAAAAGCUUGGAGAAUUUAAAAAAGCUGGUCGAUUAACUGCUAGGGUAGAAGGAAUUGCAACUUAUGCGAUUUGUGGUUUUUCGAAUCCUGGUUCCAUUGGUAUAAUGAUGGGAGGACUUGGUUCUAUGGCUCCUGAUAAAAGAGAACAGAUAGCGCAAGUUACUAUUCGUGCUUUUAUAGCUGGAUCUGCUGUUUGUUUUUUGACGGCUGCCAUUGCUGGAAUUUUAAUGACUGACGAUACUUAUACUUCAGUUUCUCUUAAUUCUACUACAAUAUCAAGCAUUUAAAUAUUACUCCAAUUAUAAAGAACAAAUAGUACUUAAAUAUUAAAAAGUAUUAAAAACAAUAAAUGUGCUGUUCUAUGCAAAAUAUUCUUUUGAUUGCGUACUUCAACAUAAUUACUGCAAUUCAUUCUUAUCACAAUAUAAUAAUAAAUAUGUACACUUUUCUUGUA